AACAUGGACACGUGACACAUUCUUCAUCAUCAUUCUUCAUCAUCUAUGCCUUGUAUCAGUUGAAGUAUGAGUCUUUCUUCUUUCUACUUUCUUCACACUCAACUGAUGACUGAUGACUGAGGACUGUAGUCUGUAGUUGAUUCAUUUCUACUCCACCGGAGAAGAGGAGCACCACCAUCACCAUCACCAUUUUUAUGUUUCUGCAAUUUUCUGUAAGUUUUAUCAUUCUCUCUCUCUAGAUCCACUUCAUUUUUAUCUCACUUCUCUUCUCCUCUUCACACUGCUUCUACAAUUUCCAAUCUUUUUUGUUUUGCAUUUGCAAUUUCAAUUCUUUCCUUCAAAUUCAACGAAUUCAGUACUAUUUUACCCAAAUUUAGUGAGGAUCUGGGUUUUGAUUUGGGAAAAUGAGAGAACCAGUGAAUACAGCUGAACCCAUAGCCCAAAACCUAAUUAAGCUAAUCAGCAAUGUAUGCUUCUCUGUAUUUGUAUUCGCUGUUUUGAUAAUCACUGUUAUCGCAAUCACCUACCAACCCCCAGAUCCAUGGCUUCAAUCUGCUCCUGCACUUACUACCCUCUUCACUCAAGUUGAAAAUGCCACUUUCAAGGACGAUUCUUCCGUCCUUAAAACUGGCGAGGAUUUCAUCCUCCCCCCUGCCGCCGCCCCAUCUUCCGUCUCUUUCCCCAUUACUGAGGCUGUCAUUGCCACUUUUGAGAAGAAUCUCACCUCUAAUUCCACCUUUAGCCCCUCUGUUUGUGCUGAGGAUCUCAAUGUGGUUAAUUGUUCCGAUCCUCGUGUUUUAAUCGCUAUUGAGCGCUUUAAUUUAAAGCUCUUUAAGUCUAUUGUGUUCUUGGAGUAUGCUACUCCUGUAAAUGGUUCAAAACCUAAUCAAUGUGAUGUGGCUUGGAAGUUUAGGAAUAGGAAGGAGAAAUCUUGGAGAAAAUACAGGGAUUUUCGCCGUUUUAGGAUUGGACUUGGGGAUGAUUGUGCUUAUAAGGUUAUUGGUGCUAGUGGCUGGCAUUCCGGUGCCAAUGCUAGACGCCCUAAACCUCGUUUCAAUGCUGCUGCCACUCGUAAUCCUAAGGUUCUUGCUCCUUUCCGGGAUAGUGAGAUCAAUGACACCAUACCCACGAUUAGCACCGAUGCAGCUUUUAGGAGAGGGAGGUACUUGUAUUAUUCGCGUGGUGGGGAUUAUUGCAAAGGUAUGAAUCACUAUAUGUGGAGUUUCUUGUGUGCUUUGGGGGAAGCACGUUAUUUGAACAGGACGUUCGUGAUGGAUUUGAGUGUUUGUUUGGCUUCUCAGUAUAACCCUAGUGGUAAGGAUGAAGAAGGAAAGGAUUUUAGAUUCUAUUUUGACUUUGAACAUCUAAAGGAAGAGGCUUCCAUUGUUGAGGAGCGCGAAUUUCUUAGGGAUUGGAAAAGAUGGGACAAGACUCAUAAGAGGAAGAUUUCGGUUAGAAAGGUGGCUAGCUAUAAGACUACACCGAUGCAACUAAAGAAGGAUAGGAGUACCAUUAUAUGGAGGCACUUUGAUGCUCCAGAACCAGAUAAUUAUUGGUACCGGGUGUGUGAGGGACAAGCUGCAAAUAACAUUCAGAGACCGUGGCGUGCACUCUGGAAAUCAAAGAGGGUGAUGAAUAUAGUUUCUGAAAUUAGCGGGAAAUUAGAUUGGGAUUUCGAUGCAGUUCAUGUGGUUCGAGGAGAGAAGGCUCAGAACAAAGAACUGUGGCCUCACCUUGAUGCUGACACGUCUCCUGAAGCUGUUGUCUCAAAGCUUCAAGGAGUUGUGCAGCCAUGGAGGAAUUUGUAUAUUGCCACAAACGAGCCUUUCUAUAAUUACUUUGAUAAACUAAGGUCACAAUACAAGGUGCAUUUGCUUGAUGAUUACAAGGAGUUGUGGGGAAACACGAGUGAUUGGUAUAAUGAAACUACCGCUUUGAAUGGUGGUCGACCUGUCAAUUUUGAUGGUUACAUGAGGGCUGAGGUUGAUACAGAGGUUUUUAUCAGGGGUAAGACACGGGUAGAGACGUUCUACAACUUGACCAGUGACUGCAAGGAUGGCAUCAAUACAUGUUGAUCAGAUUAUCAGUUGGAGAAAACCCAAAAUUAUCAAGUCUACAUCAUGGAUGGUGGACUGUUGUUGUCUAGGAGCUGGUACAUUCCAUCAAAUUUUACAGCUACACCAAACUAUUUUUGCAAGUUCUGAUUAUUUGUAACUAAUGAGAUCAAAGGAGUACACCCUGUGUGGCAUUUCAGACUGAGGAAGUUGGUGUAAGGUUUUCACUACUGAUGCACAAACAGGCUGGUUCCUGUAUUUUGUAAUUAACAUUUCUUCAUUGGAUAUUCAGAUAGACAUUGCAUGAACGGAAUGUAAAAUGUUGUAUACUGUAUUAGUUUUUAUAAACAUCAAUUGGUAUCAAA